AUGGCGAACGGUUGGAGUUUAAUCAUCGGCCUCAUCUUCGUGGUGGUUGCUUCCGUCCUGGCGUGGAUCUUUAGUCCUAAGGGGGAGAAUCAGACUGUCUUCCGGAGCACGCUUGUGCUUUCUUUCGUUUGUUGUUAUUUGAUGUGGGCUAUUACAUUCUUGGCGCAGUGGCAUCCGUUGAUUGUGCCGAAGAGGUCGGAUAUUCGGCCGGGGAGGGUACCGCAGUAG